AUGCAAGAAGACAAAGCAAUAGAUGAGAUCUCUCCCAAAGAGACUCAGAACAAGGAUAAGGGUGAACUAUCUGAGGAUACGGUCACUUUAGAACAUGUUGAAGACGAACCAGCACCUCACCUGCAUCUCAAGACAUUCUUAAUUGUCGCUGCCGUUUCCUUUCUCUCUUUUGCUCAGCUCAUCCAGUUGGUUGCAACAGGUGUAUUCGCUGGCACUGUGGCCUUAGCCGUAGGAGGCGGAGCGAACUCCAGCUGGAUGCUUUCAUCAUUAACGAUAACUUUUGUCGUGCUCGCACCUCCUGUUAGUCAGGCAGCAGACUACUGGGGCCGAAGAUGGCUUUUGAUAAUUCUGUCAUUCCUCGGAUGUGUCGGGACUAUCAUCACGUCGCGAGCGAAUUCGAUGGGCAUGGCAAUUACGGGUGAGGUGUUCGUGGGUGCUGCAUUUGCGGCUACACCGCUGCAAUUUGCAGUAGCCUCAGAAGUCUUGCCUCGCAGGCAGAGACUGGCCGGGCAAGCCAGUAUCAACGCACUUGAAGUAACCAAAUCCAAGGCUGGUGGAACUGGGUCAAUAUUUGCACUUCUGGCAGGCGCAAAGUUUGUGGAUGUUUAUGGCCUUCAAGGCUUCAGAUAUGCGGGAAUAUUUGCGAUCGCUGCUUUCGUCUGCUACGCACUCUAUCGACCGCCAGUACUUGAGCUUCAGAAAUCUCUUAAUACCAGUCAGAAGUUGCGUCGACUGGAUUGGUGUGGUUAUGCGAUCACAAUGUGUGCAGUGGUGCUAUUUUCCAUGGGCCUCUCUUGGGCCAACAAUCCAUAUCCUUGGAGCGAUGCACAUGUUCUCGCACCCUUCCUUCUUGGUGUCGCCAUGUUCGUGUUGCUUGCAAUCUAUUGUUGGAAAAUCAAAAAGGACAGCUUCAUACCCCACGCGUUAUUUUCCCGGGAUAGGAACCUUGCUAUAUCCCUGUUCUCAAUCUUCUGUGAAGGCCUAGUUUUUGCGGCUGCUAAUAUCUAUGUCCCGACGCAAACUGCAGUACUAUAUGAACCGACUUCGCUAGGAGUUUCCUUGGUGUUUACGAUAUGCUUAAUCUGCUACGUGGUUUUCAGUCCUAUAACCGCUCUAAUAUGCUACAAAUUCAGAAAUCUCCGUAGUCUCAACGUGAUGGGAUUCGUUUUCCUACUUACAUGGGCCAUCUGCAUGGCAACUACAUCUCUGGGUAGUACCAGUGCCGUCUGGGGCUACCAAGCCAUUCUCGGUGUAGCACUCGCUUUCAUCCUCAACGCUGUUGUUGCAAGCGCUCAACUAAGUGCGCCCCCAGAAUUGAUUUCAAUCACUAGCGGUCUCGUAGCAGGAAUCAGGUCGCUUGGUGUGACUCUUGGUGUGGCUAUUUACACCGCCAUCUUCCACUCCAGAAUAACCAACCUUUUAGCAAGCAAGGUCUCUGCAGCAUCUUUGGAAAACGGAUUGCCCGGAUCUUCUGUGCCAGCGCUAAUUCUGGGCUUAUCGAGCGGUGAUCCAGACCAGCUUGCUGCAGUCCCUGGUAUAACACCUGGGAUAAUCAGUGCAGCCGCUCGUGCUUUUCAGGAAGCAUAUUUGGGGUCUUUCAAGUCGGUCUGGAUUGCUGCCUCUUGUUUAUCUGCCUGCGGUCUCAUAGGGAUGUUCGCUAACCUAAUGCACCGAAUUGCUGGCUAA